UGAAGGGGACGUCACUUCCGGGAGCUCCGCGUGGACUGAUUUGUUUGGGGUUCUCCGGCAUGGCGGAGUUAGCAGGCCCCGCGAAGCCGAGUCUGGCGUUGAACCCGGACAAAGACUCGCAGUUUGCGAAGGCUCUGACGCAAAUCCAACAGCGCGCGAAAAAGCAAAAGAAGAAAGAAAAAGUUAAGUCUGGAGUAGUUUAUCUGGGCCACCUACCUUCAACGCUUUCUGAAAGCCAUAUCUAUGACUACUUUGCCCAGUUUGGUGAUAUUAGCAGAUUCCGAUUGUCUAGAAGUAAGCGGACAGGAAACAGCAAAGGCUAUGCCUUUGUGGAGUUUGAGUCUGAGGAUGUUGCCAAGAUAGUUGCAGAAACAAUGGAUAACUACCUUUUUGGUGAAAGACUUUUAUCAUGUAAAUUUAUGCCGCGAGAAAAAGUCCAUAAACACCUUUUUUUCAGCCAGUGGAACGCUCCGUUUCACCCACCAUCCUUUCCAGCGGUGCAGCGCUAUAAUCAGAAACGAGGACAUUUGCAGAUGCUGAAGAUGGAGUAUCGGUUUAAGAAGAAGGAAAAAUUACUCCGGAAGAAACUAGCUAAGAAGGGGAUUAAUUAUAGUUUUCCUUCACUGGUCCUACCCAACCCAAAGAAAGGGAUUUCAGACAUUGCUGACACUCCUGGGGAUUCUGGGAUUAACCAGGUUUUACCUGACCAAAAAGAAGAGCCUUCAGGCGUACUUAGGAGAAAGGAGAAGAUGAUGAAAGGGGGGAUUUCCAAAAACAUUCCUAAGAAGCGUAAGAGGUCUAAGAGGAAGAAGUCGUCGUCUGUGGACAGCCAGGAUACCACACCAGUUUGCACACCAACGUUUUUGGAGAGACGAAAAUCGCAAGUGAUGGAAGUCGGUGACGAUAAAGAUGAUGAAAUCAUUUUCAAGCUGCCUAUGUCCCCAGUGAAAGAAGACUCGCAAAAGACUCCAACACCUGCGAGCUCUGGGAGAAAAAGGAAGAGCGAGCAGUGAUCCUGACAGCGUUCUGUGUGCAUAGUUCUAGGCAGAUGUGAUCUCGUUAUAAAGGCCUACUGUAGUUUAGUAGGUGCGGCAACAUGCAAGCACAGACAGAGCUGUUGGAGUAAGAAUAUGUUUUGUUUUUCCAGUGAGGAAAGCCACCAGGAGCCUGGCUGCUUUGCCCCUUCCUGUCCUGAAUUUGUCUUCAGGUUCAUAGCUCCCCUUAGCUUUACUAUCCUUAUGAAACUCAGGCCUCACUACCACCCAGAGUCUGUACGGCUGAUCAGUGCUGUUUGGCCUGUGUGUGGUUGUGUAUAUAAAAUCUCCCCCACCCCCCCCAAAGAUAUGUCAGGCUUCAACCUCAGGCAUCUGAAACCAGAAGUUAACUCCAGAGAGCGAGAGGGCAGGCCAAGUGUGAACAGAUUUGCACAUCGUCCAGGAGCUGAGGAGGAAUCCGAAAUGACCCACAAUUAAUUACAGCUAAGCUUCACAAAUCAGUUUUAGCAGUUGUAUUCAAGAUUCAAAUAGUGACCAAACUUUUCUGCAGUUGAUUUGUGUAUAAAAGAACCUAAGAACUUUAGGGGGAAUCAAGAACUGUCUUCAUCUCCUGUUGUAAGUCUCUGUGCCCUUUCUAUACUUUUGUUUUGCUUAUUCAGGUUUGUUGAAUAUAACUGUCAAUCCCCUUGA